AUGGGGGAGCCCAGGCAAGGGCGGGGUUCACUCGGUAGCCAGCACUCCGAGGCGGGGGGCGGGUUGGAGAAGGAGCCGGACGGCGACCCCCGCGGCCUCCAGAGCUCUGUGUACGGGAGCCGGCGGGUCACAGACCCCAGACUCCAGGACCUGGGCCAUGCAGAGCUGGGCCCUGAAGACCCAGAAGAGGAGCUUCCCCCCGAGGAGGGGGCCGGGGAGGAGCUCCCGGAGACCCUGGAACCCAAAGACGCCCUUUCUGAAUUGGAGAGAGUUCUGGACCACGACGCAGAGGAGGACAUUCCUGAGAUGAGCCGGCUGUCCAUCAGCCAGAAGAUCCCUGGCACCGCCGUGGCCCGAGCGAAGAAGAAGAGGCGGCGGUGGAGGCCCAGUGAGCUGGCAGAGCCCAAGAGAAACUGGCAAGUCCUGAAGGACAGGAAGGGCUGCCGUUGUGGGGGCUAUGCCUGGAUUUCCCCAUGCCAGACCAGCCUGCAGUUCUGUCUCUACUGGCCGUCUGUGUACUGGACGGAGCGCUUCCUGGAGGACACCACCCUCACCAUCACGGUGCCUGAGGUGUCCCGGCGAAUGGAGGAGCUGUCUCGGCCCCGGAGAUUCUACCUGGAAUAUUAUAACAGCAACAGAGGUGGGGAGGGUCCAGGUCUAGCCCUGGACAGCCUGCGUUCGGAUGGGGCUGGCCCUCUUCCUGUCCCCGGGCUGCUGGGCCCCCGGCAGCCGCAUUCCCGGCUGUGGAAGGCCGGCGUGGAGGCCGCCCGUGAACGGGGCUCGCAGUGCCGGUGCUGCACGUGCUCAGACGCUGUUACCACCGUCGUGACUGUGUCCCGGGUAUCCAGGGCAGCCCAAAUGGCAGUCCCCAGCUCCCGGAUCCUCCAGCUGUCAAAGCCGAGGGCCCCGGCCACCCUGCUGGAAGAGUGGGACCCCAUGCCGAAGCCCAAGCCACGCGUGUCAGACUAUAACCGCCUCCUUCACCUGGCCAUGCCCAAAGCUCAGUCGGACAAGUGCGUUCCUGACCGAGAUCCUCGCUGGGCGGUGCUGGAUGUCACCAAGAGGGUGGUGGCCAGCCCCCGGAUCAUCUCCCUGGCCAGGCCCAAGGUGCGCAAGGGCUUCAAUGAGGGCUACGACCGGCGUCCCCUCGCCUCUAUGAGCUCGCCACCCCCAAAAGCAUCACCAGAAAAGUGUGAGCCCCCCCAGGCCCAGCCUCUAAGACAUCGGCUCCCAGUAAACACCCUCAGGCAUCCUAACCCUGUGUACGUGUUUGUUCUGAGCCUUUUGGCCUGGAGAAGGGAGGCCUGCUGUCACCAGCACCUGACCCUGCUGGCCCCAUAG